GCCCGCGGAGCGUGUGCGCUCUGGUGGGACGCACUGGGCGCGCGGGGCGCGAGUCGCAGUCGGAUGUUGACCACAGCGCGGGACGGAGCGCGAAGUGAGCGCCUGCUGGGUGCAGAGACCCUGGCCAGCGGCGCCCCGCCCUGCUAGAGCACGUCCCUGGCAAUUGAGGAGCAAGGAGCAGAGCGGCGCCCCGAGCCGGGAUUCCUUCCUUCAACCGGCGAUUUUUGCGCCUCGGAGCCAGGCUCUGCAAGCAGCGCACUUCCUGACCAUCGUGGAGCCGCGGUGCCCGUAGAAGUCCAUUUUCCGAGCUCCCCAAGAGAGACAACCCCAAGGCGAGGGUGUUGAGAGAGCUGCCGAAGAGUCAGGGGCGUGGAGGAGCAAGACAUGUUUUUUCAGCUGCGUCUUAGAAGGGGAAAAUUCCCUGUCAUCAUCCUAGAGGCAACGACCCUGAAAUGUGACCAGGAUUGACAGGCAAGGCAGAGGCCUGCGUGUCUUGGGGUUGAUGAUUAGAAUAUGCUAAAGAGCCAGUGCUUUCCCUGAAGGAAUUUAGGGAUGAGCUGGUACUGGUGACAGUGACCUGGAGCAAGAGAGUCAAAAAGACAACUUAGAAAGCAAGAGGAACCUUGCCUGGGGCUAACGCCAAUCACCAAAGGGAAAUUCCUGCCGCGAAUGUUUUCCAUCCCUAAGGGAAUGCUGGUGAGAUCCUGGGACUGGGCCUGGGCUGCCUGUGAGGAUAAAUUGGAUUGACUUCCUGCCCUUGCUUUCUACUUGAGGGGCAUCAAGCCCUGAUGUGCAUUCCUUCUGCAAGAUGACUCUGAACACCUCCAGCAUGGAUGAGACUGGUCUGGUCAUGGAGAGAGACUUCUCCUUCCGCAUCCUGACAGCCUGUUUCCUGUCACUGCUCAUCCUGUCCACUCUGCUGGGGAACACCUUGGUCUGUGCUGCUGUCAUCAGGUUCCGACACCUGCGGUCUAAGGUGACCAACUUCUUCGUCAUUUCCUUAGCUGUGUCAGAUCUCUUGGUGGCCGUCUUGGUCAUGCCCUGGAAAGCUGUGGCUGAGAUUGCUGGCUUUUGGCCCUUCGGGUCCUUCUGUAACAUUUGGGUAGCCUUUGACAUCAUGUGCUCCACCGCAUCCAUCCUUAACCUCUGUGUGAUCAGCGUGGACAGGUACUGGGCUAUCUCCAGCCCCUUUCAGUAUGAGCGGAAGAUGACGCCCAGGGCAGCUUUCAUUCUAAUCAGCAUAGCUUGGACUUUGUCUGUUCUCAUCUCUUUCAUCCCCGUGCAGCUCAGCUGGCACAAGGCAAAACCCAUGAGCCCUUCCGAUGGGAAUGCUACUUUCUUCGAAGAGGCUCCAGACAACUGUGACACCAGAUUGAGCAGGACAUAUGCUAUUUCAUCUUCCCUAAUAAGCUUUUACAUCCCAGUGGCCAUCAUGAUUGUGACCUAUACUAGUAUCUACAGAAUCGCCCAGAAACAAAUACGGCGCAUCUCGGCCUUGGAAAGGGCAGCCGUGCAUGCCAAGAAUUGCCAGACCACCACAGGUAAUGGAAAUGUCGAAUGUUCUCAGUCAGAGAGCUCCUUUAAGAUGUCCUUCAAAAGAGAGACUAAAGUUUUGAAGACUCUGUCUGUGAUCAUGGGCGUGUUUGUGUGCUGUUGGCUCCCUUUCUUCAUCUCAAACUGCAUGGUGCCCUUCUGUGAGUCUGGGGAGACCCAGCCCUUCUGCAUUGACUCAAUCACCUUUGAUGUGUUUGUAUGGUUUGGGUGGGCUAAUUCUUCCUUGAACCCCAUCAUUUAUGCCUUUAACGCUGAUUUUCAGAAGGCAUUUUCAACUCUCUUAGGAUGCUACAGACUUUGUCCUACCACGAAUAAUGCCAUAGAGACAGUCAGCAUCAAUAACAAUGGGGCUGUGGUGUUUUCCAGCCAUCAUGAGCCACGAGGCUCCAUCUCCAAGGAAUGCAAUCUGGUUUACCUGAUCCCACAUGCGGUAGGUUCCUCUGAGGACCUGAAAAAGGAGGAGGCAGGGGGAAUAGCCAAACCCCUGGAGAAGCUGUCCCCAGCCCUAUCAGUCAUAUUGGAUUAUGACACUGAUGUCUCUCUAGAGAAAAUCCAGCCCAUCACACACAAUGGACAGCACCCGACCUGAACGCCUAGAGGAAUCCUGGCAUGCAAAAGCUAAAGGAGAUUUCUUUGGAGCUUGCUGUUAGGAAUCAGGGUCUGGUGAGAAAGUGAGAUGUCAAGAUAGCCUUCUGCUGCUUUCAAACAGACAACUAAGUAUAUUUUCAAAUACAUUCCAGUGUGUUUUCUGUUGUUCAUAACCCAUCAAACAGGGACAUUUGGGAAACCACAGGGACACGUCUUUGACUCCAAAAUCAUUUUUGAAACUGUUGUCUUAGGAUGUAUGAACAACUUCACUUAAAAGUCAAACCUUUCUGGAGAGGAAGUGAGAAGGGUUGAGUUUGCAGUAUACAAACAGGUGCUAAAACAGUUGCAAGCAAAGUUUUCAGAUUGUAAAGGUAGGUGCAUGCCUUCAUAAAUUAUUUCUAAAAAAAUUGAGCCUUAUAGUAGGAAUGGGUUUCUUUUUUCAGAAUUGAGAGAUGCUUUGUUGAUACUGAUUUUAUUUAUUUAUUGUAUUAUAUGUAUAUUUUAAAGCUAUCGUAAUCUAUAUUUAUCAUAUUUAAUAGAAUAAACAAUGAGUUAUCUGAGAUUGAGCUGUCCGUUGAUCUAGCACUUUAUAAGCCAAUGAAGCAAACACAGACUCUGAUUCUAAAUGUUCAUGAAUAACUUCUAGAAACACAAAAGAGGCUGACAGGAAAUGAAGUUGAUAAAAUACACUGGCAUUAAUAAAUACAAGGUGAGAGUUGACAAAUGCUGUGAAUGUUUUUCUUUCCCCUAAAAUGAUUUUGAAAAAAAUAUAGCUACUAUUGUGUUCUAAAUGUUCUAAAUGGCAAAGUCUUUUCCCAGGAGAAUUUGCAGUUCUGUAAAUAUCUUAUUUGAAAUCUAGCUUAAGAAGAACACAGCUUUGCAUUUAUAAUCUUAGGUGGUAAGGAAAAGUAUAUGCCACUUUGUAUUUAUGUAAAAUAAUUGGCCUUUUCUGUCUUUCCUCAUUUCAUGCUUCAAAUAGCUUUUCUGAGCCAAACGAAUGGCAGUCUUGGAUAGAGAUAUGUAGCAAGGACAGUGAAUUUCCUCAAUUCUGGGGUCACAGUAGCCCCACAGAUGGACAGAGCUCAAACCCCACAUCUUUGUUUUCCCAGGUCAAACCAAGCCACCCUUGGGGCUAAUUUUGUAGUGCUUUAACCUGAACUUAGAACUGACUUUUAAAAAACAUGAUCUUUAAAUGUUAAUAUUAUGCUAACUAAUGAACAGUGCCUCAUUAUCCUUAAAGAAGGUACAGUACUUUUGUUGAUGGAAAGAAUGGGAGACCCCAUUCUCUUUGGGUGUGUUAAGCACCCCAAAGCCAUCAGCAUCUCUCUGAUGAAUGUUGUCGCUUCUCUGUGCUUUGGAAUCAGAUUCCCUUGUCAUAGUGUGGACUGUAAAAAGCCUCCCUUGCCAGAUACUUAACUUCUGAGGGGUAUUUCAACAGAGUUUUUUUUUCUUCAUGUUUACAAGGUAGUGUUCUUGAUAAGCAACUGACUUAACAUGUAGAUGAAAUUGGUAAAAAGAACAAAAAUCUACUGAAGAAUAUUUCCUGGAUCAGGUCUGUGUUAUAUAUGUAUUGUGAAUGUUUUCUUAAUUUUUCUGCCUGUAUGCUUUCUUACAUAUAAUAAAACUAUUUUGUGAACUCAAA